UCAUCUCCGUAUGUUCUGUAUCAAGAGAGUAAAGGGAAAGGUGCUUUUCGUUUCAACUCGCUAAUCAUCUGGAAAAGAAGUGAGAAGAAGCAGAAUCAAGCACAAGUGAAUUGUAACGGAAGAGAAACAUUGCCAUUUUUCUUUUGCUAUGGCAUUGCGUGAAGAUACUAAUUUAAGGUGGUUAAAACUGAUGGCGGGAUAUGAACCAGACGUUCAGGUUAGAAAAGCACAACUUUGCACUAUAGACAGCUUAAUGAAUGGUCUAGUAACUCUAUCGGAGGAGCUAGAAUCUUUUGGCCUACCUUCGGUAACUCCAAAGAACGAUGAAAUACAAUCUGUGGGUUCGCUGAAGCUGAUUCUAGUAACAUUAAUUAAUGCGGUAUGGAAUUUUAUUCGUGAACACAGAGGGCUUAUGAGUAUACACGACCAACUAAAGGAUAUACAUCAAAAAGUUGCAAAUGACAAUGUGCAUCUUAAGAAUAAUGUAAAACGACUAAAAGAGGAACUGGAAAAGAAAGUGGUUUUAUUACAUGAAACGAGAGAGAGAGAGAGACGACUCAUUGUUCAACGGGAUAGCAUGUCACGUGAUCUCAAACAUGGAAAAGAUGAGGUGGCGAAGUUAUGGAAACAGUUACAGUCGAAAGAGAAUCAACAUGCCCAUGAGUUACGUCGUAUUCAGCAGAGUGGUCAGAAGCUUCAGCAGCAGUUACAAAAAUCUGUUGGGACGUACGUGCCAAAGGACAAGGCAUGGAAAAAUUUACACGAAGAACACAAAAAGGAAUUAGCUCUGUAUCGACAAACCAUUUGUCAUUUGGAAGAAAAUAAUAGACUGAUGCUACAGGAAAUCAAUGAACUACGAGAGGCCUUAUCUGUACAGUCUGGAGGAAUCGAUCUGGACAUCGAGGCAUCAGGAAUUUGGAACGAUGCCGAAACCUAACUUCGAAAUGGCACCGGAGAAGCGACUUCCUUGAGGAUGUCCUCGCUGUCCUAAGGAUACGACACGAAGAGAUAAUACCCGGUAUUGUAUUACUUAUUAACCGUACCCUUUGCGUUACUUUUGUUCGUUAGUUUUUCCUUUUUUCCGUCAUUUGAGUAUCAAUCGAACCACCAGGCAGACGUAAUCGAGGUUACGUUCGGAGGCUCUCCCGCGGUUACCUGACGUACCACCAAUUUCCAUAUUAAUGAUUAUUUUCUGAGGAUAGUAGAAUUUAGUGCUCGACCUAUAACCGAAGACAAUAAUUUUAAUGAUUUACGUCUCGGGUCGUAGGUUAAGCGAUGACUCGGUGGAGCAGGUUAGCAUUUGGUUAAAAUGUGUUUGCUUACAUACAAUCAUUUUCUUUAUGUACCGUAUGUUACUCUCUUGUAGAUUCCUAGGAGAAUUUUGUAUUAUUUUCUUAUUAGGUUUUUGGUUUCGAUAUAUCGAUGAGAUAUACCUGCACGUAUAUAACAAAUUACGGAGUGGGCAUGUAUUAAUUAGGUUAUAUCGACUGCUAAAGGUUAUCAUUUAUUUACCGGAUGUACAGGUGGUCGAAUAAUUUUGUAGGUGAUUUAUCCUAUUGGCGUUGUGAUAUUAUAUGGGUGCAGUAUUCAUUAAGUUUACCAAUGCAAGCAAGUAGUUCCUAUAUUGGCGAUCAAGGGAGAAAUGUGCACAGCAUUAAGUAUCACAAAAUCCUAGGUUUCCAAUCAAGCCCGAAACCUGUGAUUUGCUUUCUAGUCAGAGGUCCGUACUUUAGUGCCAGUAGUGCGGCAAUUGCCCUCGUGUCGCGUGCAUUUUGUCUUUGCUGCGCCGAGAUGCCGUUAUCGCAAUGAAAUGUCAUCUCCGUUAAGCGAAAGAUAGGAACACCCACCCGAAUCGAUUUACAAUUUAGGACAGGGCGUAAGAUCUGCAAGAGUAACCUUUGCUGAUCGCAAAAGCACAGAUUAUCGUAUAAGCGAAUACCAAAUAACAUUUGUAUUAUGCAUACACAUAAGUCGAAUUCAUUUGCGUAACUAUCGCGAGCCAAAUGCACUGCCUCUUGUAACGCUCUCGUAAUUCUAUAUCUGGA